CUUUAGCCCGGAGGUAGAUAAAGAUGGGGGAGGCAGAUGUGACACUGAGUCAAAGCGAGGAGAAGCCUCCGGACUCCGGCCUGGUUCCCGGGGAGGACUCGGUGGUCUGGAGCCACGAGGUGGAGGUGUGUUUGUUCCACGCGAUGAUUGGACACAAACCGGUCGGAGUGAACCGUCACUUUCACAUGAUCUGCAUCAGAGACAAGUUCAGUCAGAACAUCGGCCGGCAGGUCUCCUCCUCCGUCAUCUGGGACCACCUGGGAACCAUGUACGACAUGCAGGCUCUGCACGAGUCGGAGAUCCUGCCCUUUCCCAAUGCAGAGAAGAGCUUCUCGCUGCCUGAUGACAUCAUCCAGGAAGUGAAAGGAGGGAAGCUGGGCUCGGAGGAGGAGACCAAGGAGGAGGUGAGAAUGGAGCGAGAACCUCCUGCUACUCAUGAAGAAGGAAGCAACUCGUCAGUGAAGACGUCGGAGCGAGCGAGCGGCAGCCGGGAGAAGGAGAAGGUGGGCAGUGAGGGCGGAGCCUCGGRAGGAGGAGGGGGAGGAGCCUCCAAGGAGGCGGAGAAGAGGAAGAGGAGCCGAGCGGCGGAGAAGCUGCUGUCCUCCUCCAACCCAGCGAGUCCAGGAGGCGCCAAGAGGAGGCGCACCUGAGAGCCGGGCUCUGAUUGGCCGCCUUCCACCCGUCACUCAUCACGUGACCGCAGCGGGACGAUCAGAACCCGGGUUUCCCUCCUGAGCUGCACGAACAUUUGUGUUGAGCCCACGGUUCCUGGACGGGUUCUGUUGGGUCGAGACGAGCAGCUGAAGGGUUGGUGUCGGUCUGAGACACGAAGACGAAAUGUUUUAAUUUAUUCAUGUUGAAACUGUUUGAGUCAUUAAAGAGGAGCAGAGACAA